AUGAAUAAAAUGGAGAUCUGUGAUUCUGAAUUUGAUGUCAACAUUCUCGAGGAUGCUACCCGAAACCCUAACGUAGAAUUGACAUUUCCUCUUCCCACAGACAUAGAAACGAUAGUAGAAUUAGAGGGAAAUGAAAAAGUAGCUCGCAGCUGGGGAAUGUUGAAUAACUUGUUCAGUUUUUUCAGCGGUGGAAACAUUAAAUUUGAUGAAAUCUACAAGGACAAUGAAUACAAAUACUCAAUCAAUAAACAAACAAGUACAUUUAAUAAGAAAAUGGUAGCUUAUAUGGACGAUCAGCUCGAGAGAUCAGAUAAAAUGUUGGACGAUAUAGUUGUCGAAUUGAUUGAGAGAGAAUUACGCAUGAAUUUAAUCAAAUCGCUGGACUUUGAAAAGAGAGUUCGUGAGGUAAAGGGGUUUAUGGUUGACUACUUCAAAAAGCAGAAUGCUAUCGACAUGCCCCGAUAUAAGUCGCGUGAUUUUGUCCGGCUAUGUUACUUAACCGUUAUCAAACUCAUGCUGAAGAUGUUUCCACAUGGUGUUUGGGUUACUAGAUCUGAUUUCAGUAACCUUUUUAAGAAAUAUUUAGAGAACCCCAUGUCCAUUAUUUUUUUGCCUAACCAUCAAUCACAUGUUGAUUAUAUCAUUUUGCAUUUGAUAGCGAUUAGAUUCGAAAUAUCAAUCCCUACGGUCAUAGCAGGUGAAAACUUGAACGUGGCGGUGUUUGGAAAUAUUUUGAAAGGCUUGGGUGCAAUAUUUAUUAAAAGAUCUUUCAAUAAUGAGCUUUAUACUGAGAGAAAUUUAUCAAAUAUCAUCGAAUUCUUUUUGACUAAUAGGGUUCAUUUAGAGGUAUUUAUUGAGGGAACCAGGUCUCGAGAUGGAAAAUUACUAUUACCGAAGUACGGCAUCUUGAAAACUUUGACUAGUAUAUAUUUGAAGCAACUAAAUGAGGACAAGUCAUCGACAUUUGAUAUGUUAUUUCAGCCAGUGUCCAUUACGUACGAAAGGACUUAUGAGGCUGAUGGAUAUUUAAAUGAGUUAGUUGGAAAGAACAAAAAACAAGAGAGUUUCAUUGGAAUCAUUAAGAAUGGUGUUAAGAAUUUGACAAAAGCGGACGAAUUCCACGAUCACAAAUAUUUUAGGAGGAUUGCGAAUUCAGAAGGAGAAUAUGAUACUUCAAAUAUUGCAUUGAGUGGUAAGAUAUUUGUCAAAUUGGGACUGUCCUUUCAUUUUUCGAAUUUUAUUAAUGAUCCCAAAAACUUAAUUGAUCAAGACUCUGUCGCUGAUAUUGCGAGCACAGUAGAAAGCUAUGGCUCAACAGUUAAUUUGAAGAAGUUGGGAUUUAAAAUUUUCCAUGAAAUUAAUAAUGUCAGCUACUUGCCCCCGAUAUCUAUAGUUGGGAGUUCGAUUCAAGCAUACUACUAUUUCCAAAAUAAAAGUGUUUUUCCUGUCACUGAUCUUGUUCCCAUAUUCAAACUUCUUGUCUCAACAUACAGAGAAGAAAGUGGAUUCAAUGAAUCGAAUACGAACUUCAAGCUUUUGAAUGGUUUAUCAAAUUUGUCAACCCCUGAAGUUGUGGAAUUGUUCAAGAACCAAAUUCCUCAAUUUUUCAGAUACAUUAAGAUUAACUUAAACACAGGGAUAAUUACCGUAGAAAAUUCUAUUGAGUUGUUAUUUUACAAAAACUUGACAAUUCACUUAGUUAUUCAUAAGUGUUUAUUUUGCUUCAUUGCAUUAGGCUUGAAGGAAGAUAGGUUGAAAACCGUGAAAAAUGUUCAUAAAUUAAUUUAUGUCUUCACUGGUUUCUUGAAACAUGAAUUUUUGUUUGAUUAUAACUACAAUGAAAGAAGUCAAGUAACUUUUCUUUUCAAGGAUUUAAUUGAAAAAAAGAAAAUUAAGGUCAAUAACGGUAAAUACGAAGUUAUCGAUAAGGAUUACUUUGCUAUAUUUGCCGAAGCUGUUAAGCCGUUUGUUGAAUCAUACCUGAUCUGUAUUGAAAACUUAACAAGCUUAGUCAAGGAACAUGUACCAACAACUGCAGAUGAUCUGGUGAAUGGCUCAGAUAUAUAUCCAACUACAAAGACGUUAUUAAAAAAGAUUCAACAAUCUAGCAAAAACUACUAUCAUGUGGAAGCAAUCAACAAGCAAUAUCUUCUCAGCUGUUUGUACUACUUGAACAAUCUUAGGCUAAUUAAUAUCUUCAAGAACAAAGCCAAGACAAAAGCUUACGUCAGAGUGUUGCACCCUGCAAAUCUUGCUUUUGUGUAUAGAUUCUUGAGUACUUUGUUUUCCGAAGAUCAGAAGUUCUUGGACGACACAACGGUAAACUAUAUGAUUGAUAUUAUUGAUAAAACAUUUUUAGAAGGCGACGGUAUUCCGGUUAAAGCCAGGUUAUAG